UAGACUGUACUCUGUUCCUGUUGUCUAUAAAAUGGCGUUUAAAUUUUGGUAUAAGUAUGAUAGAACUACUCGUUCUAAGAUAUUUUGUUUGAUUAGCGGAAUCGUGAAUUUCAUUGCUAUUGGAUUAACCUAUAUCAUCAUAGGAAUUAUUACUAAACCAGUUGCUUACGAGAUGAAUUGUAGCGAGGGGUUCGUGUCUUUCUGGGGAGCAAUCCAACUGGCAGUAUUGGCAGGAAUUGGUCCCACUGGAAGUGCACUACUUAGAAGAUUUGGUAUGAGGAGGUUGGGAAGUGUUGCUGGGUUCGUGUCAUUUUGUGUCCUACUCUUCCUCUCCGUUGGUACUAGAAACAAGUGGAUGUUUGUUAUAGCGGUGUGCUUACAAGGUUUGUGUCUAGGUACGAUAUACACGGCAACUUUUGUGGUAACUGCAAAAACAUUUACGACUCGCCUUUCUCAAGUGAAUGCUGUUCUGCUUGUUACAUGCGUUGUAGCAUCUGGGUUAGCUCCAUUGAUUCAGAAAUUGGUGGAUAAUUACGGUUGGAGAGGUGCAAUUGCUAUCGUAGCUGCAGCUCACUUGCAUGUGACGGUUGCAUCCUUCCUGCUGAAUCACAGAGUUGGCAAAGUUGAGUUGGAUCCCGAGGAUAUUGAAGAUGAUUAUCAAACUGACCUAGAAAAUCAUUAUAAAAACAUUCAUGGAUUCUUUAAGAAAACAUUGAAACGUCUUCAUCUGGAAGUCUUCAGCAAUAACCGUCAGUUGCUAGCAUUGUGUCUGUCUGUAAUAAUCGGAGGCCUUACUAUUACGUCAUUUUGGUUGUUUUUUGUUCCAUAUGCUGUAGACUCAGGCAUCUCUCCUAUUGACGCCAGUGAGAUUUUGUUGGCAUCAGUUAUUUCAUGCGUUUUGAUUAGACUUUUUCUAUUUUUAUUUGGUGAUAUUGACGUUACUCUGAUAAUAAAAAUAUUUGCAGUUGCACAGUUAUUCGAAUUAACAUCGUUUUCUAUAUUUGCAAUUGGACAUAGUUUUUUGAUAUUUUAUAUCAGCUCAGCUUUUCACGGAUUCGCGAUUGGAAUUCUAUGGCACGGAUAUGUUACUUUGGCGACUAAGUUUGUUAGGAAAACAAAUGAAAUAGAUGGCGCAAUUUCCUGGAUAUUGUUGGCAGAAGGAGUAGGAUCGAUAUCAUCAGCAAUUGUAGGUUUCUCUGUCAACAGUUACCGUCUCGGUUUUCAAAUAUGCUGUGGCGUCCAAUUAAUUGCGGUCGUAUUGGUAGUAUACAUGCUAAUACUGCAGAAAAGAAAGCCGAACAACAUCUGAAAAAAAUGGGUUUGUAAAGAAUAUGAAGCCUCCUUCCGAUCCUAAAUAAGGAGAAAAGCGUUUUAUCUUCUGAAGGUUUUUCUAGGUGGAACACAAGGACAUCUAUUUGCUGAUAGGUCACUUUUGUGCUAAGUUCCAUGCCUGUGGAAUUGUCUAACUUAGCCGAAGACGCUAUUCUCUGCAAUUGAUUUGGAUUUGGUUAAUUAUUAAUAAUUAUAAUUUAUUAUUAUUACCAUAAGUGUAUAAAUAAAAUACUUUCUGUUAUAUAUAUCAUAUAUCAAGUUCAAAUUACAUUUCAAAAUAUCAUCAUUGUAGCUUUGCAGCUAAUACGAAUGGUAUAUUACAAAAAAAUAGACCUGGGUCUAUGUGCAUUGCACAAAGUUUACGAAACAACAAUACAAAUACAAAUUCAAAUGUUCUUGGUAAAGUUAUACAACAGUAAAAAUACAUUGAUAUAAAAAUUAAACUAUGAAUUAUAAUGAACUGAUUAAUCUGAGCUUAAUAAGUUAGUAUUGACGUUUAAAUAUAUAAUGCAAGUCUAAGUACAAGUUGCUGGUUGAAGAUAAUAAUGAAGUAUGGAAUUGGGCUUUACUAUUGCUGUAUCUAUUAAUAUUUUAAAGUACGUAGUUUGAAUUGAUUUUUCUUUCUCAAACUAUAUCAGUGGUCUAUUUGAGGAGGUAUAAAGGAACUAAAAUUUGGUGAUUUGCAUAAUUGGUGAGUAAAUUUGUUUUUCUACACUCCAGCAUUUCUAUGUUACACAAUAUUAGAACACUAUUGUAGCUAUUGUACGAGUUGUCAAAUAUGAUUCUGAGUGCUCAAUUCUUUGUAUGUAUAUGAGGACCAUUCAGAUAAAAACGUUCCAGACCUAUAUUAGAUUAGUAACAACUCAGACUUACACAGUCCGACAAAUAAAAGUUUUGCCAAGUUUAAUUGGCAAUUUAAGUUUGUCCAAUAGUUUAACUAUUUUAUAUAGAAAUUGCAACAAAAUGACUUGGUGACAUUAAUAUUUAAGCAGAAUGUGUACGUCUAAAUAAACAGCGAUCGCCUUAGUCAGCGCUGAAUAUGGUCUUUCAAAACUCUUCAUAUUUACUCUGAAUGGACAUGUAAUCAACUCAACCUUUUAUGCUCGUGAAUCUAUGAUUCAUUCAAAAUGUAUACGUUGUUAUAAAAUGUAUCUUCUAUUCUAAUUUCAUUACAUUUUAGACGUUAUUAUACGCCACUUUCGACUCCGCUUAAUGCAUUAACAUAGCUCUUUUGCCUUUGUUUAGAUAUUUAUGCUGUGAAAUUGUGAUGAUGUCAUCUUUGGUAUUGCAGUUAGAUUGCUCUAGUGAGAUAUUGCAUAACUGUACAUAGGACUUAAUGAAUGAUAUAUAUAUAUAUAUUCUGGACGGAAUGCGUUUAUAUUUUAUGUUUACUUUAUACCAAGGAAAACACAUUUCAUGUAUUUUUGUACAUGAUUGAAUAAACUGAGCCUUGAAACU